UGAUACAAUUUACUUAUGAUCUCCAGAAGUGAUUGUAGGAAAUAAUCUCAUCAGUUCCGGUGUUGGUAUUAGCUGCUCUGGCAAUGAGUCUGUCGUACUUGACUGCAAGAUUCACUUCAAUAAAACACUUGACCAAAGGCUACCAUGUACUGGUGGACCCACCACAAUAACCUGCCUAGACUCAGACGAAUGUGAUGGUUUCAACAUGGCUCCUGCUAGAGGAACGCAGCGAUGUUUGAACAGAUAUGGAACGUGUGUGCCAUUCUCGUCCUAUAUACCUUAUGCCGGUAGUCCUUGCGAUAGUGUUUACAAAAGUGGGGAAGACUACGUGUUUGUAAGACAUGACCAACAGUUCCUGGAGAAUCUCAGAAUGAUAAUUGACUUUGAGGACGAACUGGAGUCCACUGCGCAGCAAGAUGACUGCGUGGAAUCGACAAUACGACUGAUGUGCCAAUACUACCUCCCAUCCUGUGGAGACCGGGCUGUCCCUCUUCCCGUGUGCGAGGAAGAAUGCAACCAGUUGAGUGAAACGUGUCCAAUCCAAUGG